AUGACCCACGAACAUCAUCGACUUUUACCUAUAGCGCUCCAUAUUGACAACUCCAUCGUCUUCACCAAAGAAACGUUUUGGAUCCAGCUCCAGUGGACAAAAGCUCAUCUGCUCGCCAUGAAUCAAAGAUCAUCUGUGUCUACGGUCCCGAAAACCAACCCGUUACGCGUUGGUUUUAUAGGACUGUCUGCCACUAAGGGCUGGGCCAUAAAAUCGCAUUAUCCUGCGAUUUUACAAUUACCAUCGCAGUUCCAAAUAACAGCUGUGCUUAACCUCGAUGUAGAAACGUCUAAAUCGACCAUUUCCAAACUCAAGCUGACGCGAGCAAAAGCGUUCGAGAACAUUGAGCAAUUCGCUCAAUACGACAAAAUCGAUCUUGUCGUCGUGUCCGUGAACGUACCUAAUUUCCACCAACUAGUAGUCGACUUAUUCAAGUAUUCCCAAGGAAGUCCCAACUUCAAAUAUCUAUUUUCGGAGUGGAGUCUUGGCCGCAACCUGCAAGAGGCCCAAGAAAUUUAUCAAUUGGCCUCGUCGCGUGGAAUCCGAACCAUUGUGUCGUUACAGGGCCGGAAAUCCCCGUAUGUUCUUAGAGCCAAAGAACUUGUUUCACAAGGUUGUAUCGGCCACAUAAACAGUAUAGAAGUUUCCGUGAUUGGCGGAUUUUAUGGCUACGAACGACCCUCUAAGUCCCCGGAUUAUCUUUACGAUGCGGAAAGCGGCGUGAACCUGAUCUCGAUGGCUUUUGGCCAUACUGUCGACAUACUACAGUAUAUCACGGGCUCUUAUUUCUCGCAAGUGAACGCCAUGAUUUUCAAUAACAUACCAACGCAGGCGUUGAUCGACGAACGGGGUAAAAACAUGGGUCAAGAAAAGUCCAAAUCUGCACCCGACCACCUAUUAUUCCAAGGUUCCCUAAAAACGGGGAACGUGCCAGUCUCCUGCAGUUUCAAGGGUGGCACUCCGGUCAAGAAGUUCACUAAAAACCUGGUUUUCGAUAUUCACGGUACUAAAGGAGACCUAAAACUAGAGGGAGACGCAGGUUUCGCAGAGAUGUCCAACCUGGUGUUGUACUUCUGUGGUCAAAGACCCAGUGAAGACCUCUCCACAAGCUCCGCAGAAACCAUGGAAGUAUAUCAUUUGCGCAAUUACAACUCCAUGGUAGGCAACAUUCUGCGCAUCUACGAAGCGGUUGCGGAUCAUCAUUUCAAAACGAAUGCGCGAAGCAAGCUAACCGAGAAUUACACCAGACAGGGCUUCCAAUUUGGCGGCUUUCCCACUUUCGCGGAUGCUAUUUUAGUUCAUAGGCUGAUCGACGUGGUGCUUCGCAGUCACGACCAGAAGGCCACUCUUCCCGUGCCAGACACGGACAAUAUAAACGCUCCGCAGGAUGUGCCUCCAUUGCCAGAUUAA